GCAUCUGCAGUCCGAGCGGAAGAGGAGGACACAGCGUUGAUGCCAAGGAGUGCCAAGUGCAAGGUCCGCGGCCCGGCAGGAAAGGCGGCCUUCACUGUGCGCAGACUCGCCUCCCGGGGUGUGAGGGGUGGGGCCUGGACGAUUGAGGGGCGGGGUCACGCCUUGGGCCCGCCUUCUCUAGCGCCUGUGAGCUGCCGAGUGCGCGGUCCCCGCGUUAUUCUGGGGGCUUCAGUCAUAGGCGCCGCCCAAGAGACCCUGGGCCGGCGCCGGGCGCAGCUGCCUCUCUGCGUUUGCCUGUCCGUCUUUGUGUCUGUCUCUGUGUCUCUCUGGCUGUCUCCGAGCUUGCCUCCACUUCCAGAACUAAGCCGCCCCGACACCUCCAUCCUGCGAAAACCCGACCCUUUCCCAUGUCAGAUUGAUCAGAUCUUGAUUCAUCAGAAGGCUGAGCGAGUGGAAACUUUCCUAGGCUGGGAGACCUGUAACCGGUAUGAACUGCGCUCGGGAGCUGGGCAGCCCCUGGGUCAGGCGGCGGAGGAGAGCAACUGCUGCGCCCGUCUGUGCUGUGGCGCCCGCCGGCCACUGCGUGUCCGCCUGGCAGACCCUGGGGACCGUGAGGUGCUGCGCCUGCUCCGCCCGCUCCACUGUGGCUGCAGCUGCUGCCCCUGCGGCCUCCAGGAGAUGGAAGUACAGGCUCCGCCCGGCACCACUAUUGGUCACGUGCUACAGACCUGGCAUCCCUUCCUCCCUAAGUUCUCCAUCCAGGAUGCUGAUCGCCAGACAGUCCUGCGAGUGGUGGGGCCUUGCUGGACCUGUGGCUGUGGCACAGACACCAACUUUGAGGUGAAGACUAGGGAUGAAUCCCGCAGUGUGGGCCGCAUCAGCAAGCAGUGGGGAGGACUGCUCCGAGAAGCCCUCACAGAUGCAGAUGACUUUGGCCUACAGUUUCCACUGGAUCUGGACGUGAAGGUGAAGGCUGUGCUGCUGGGAGCCACAUUCCUCAUUGACUACAUGUUCUUCGAGAAGCGAGGAGGCGCUGGGCCUUCUGCCAUCACCAGUUAGAGGCUGCCUCUGGGUGAGGAGACCAUCGCCUCAACAAGAAUUCAAGAUGGUCCCCUGCCCUGGCCUGGCCCCUCCUCAGAGGCAGCCCCUUUCUUCCACGUACACUGCAGGGAACAGACACGGGUGCCUGAGUGGCUGGGGGCAUGAUGCCCUAUCCUUACCCUCUCCCCUGGCCUCCUUCACCUGUGGCUCUGCAGAAGGGUGUGUAUGAGAGCCCUACCCUGCUGUCUCCUACCACUGUCUCCCAGCAGUCCCUUUGCACACAGGCUUUCAGACUGUCCCUACCCACUCCUUCCCAACUCCUUCCAGGGUCUCUGUACCAGAAGUGGCCUUUGGAACCCAGGGCUUGGAUUUUACAACAGGGCUGGCAGGGGAAGAGCAAGUAGCACCAAAGAUGGCAGAUAUACCACUCUUCCCCUGUAUCAGCUUGGCCAAUUCAGCAUUAGGCUGAACUGGCACUUUGAGGGGAUUCCUAGUUCCCCGCCAACAGCUGUAGAGGCUGGGCUCCAGUGCCAACUUCCUUUCUCCCUCGGGCCCUGCCCAUAGCUGGUGCUUGCUGCAGCUUCCUGUGCCUUAUUUAACCUCCACCCCCUUCCUUCCCUUGCCUAGGAAGGAGGCUGCACCUUUGUAUGUUGUAUUCAUAUAAACUUUGUAACUUUUUGAA